AUGGCUCCUUGGCACGACACUGUGAGCAAACAUGCUUCAUUAUUUUUAUCUCCACUUACAUGUAUUCUCUCACAUUUACUUUGGUCAACAUCGAUAUAUUUCAAUUUUUAUAAUUCAUCAGUGUUAGCUCCCAAAACUGAUACUUAUUUUACAACUGAUGACAAUGAGAAUACAACGACAAGUAGUUACAAGGUCAACAUAAACGUAGAAAUUCCUGAUUCUGAGCGAGAUGACGACAGUGGUGUGGGCUCUGAUGACGGUAAUGAUUUUAUCGAAGAUGACGUUGGAGACGACAUUAGUGAAGACAGAAAAGAACAACAGCAUCCUGAAGAUGUUAAUACAAUGGUUGUAUCCAAAAUUCCUGAAAUUACAUCACACAACUUGAACUUCAUUCAUGAGCUUCCAUUUGGAGAACAAGAAAUCAAACGGUCAUUUCCACCGUUACAAAAUAUUACCGUUAAAUGGGAUGACCAACAACCGUUCGAGUCAACGUCCUUUUCUGAAUCUUCAAAAUUUCUACUUCCAGACAAAAGCAAUUUAGAUCGAAAACAAUCUCAUCACAUAAUAUCAGCUUCAUCAAAUCAUUUGACAAUUUCACCUAGUUCAUCUAAAGUUCAACUAUCGGAAGAAACUAGCGAAAUUUCUAAUAAUACACCACCUGAAGAUUUACCCAAAUCCCUGAACAUCGAAACCACAUCGACCAGGAAUUUAAACGCAUCUCAACCUGAACAUAACGAAGAAAAAAAGUCAAACGUAACGGUUCAUAUCAGCGCUAACGGAGCUAGCUUAAUACCAGAUCCUGAUGAACUUCAAGUUAACUCAGCUCCUCCAUUAUCUUCUGGUGAUACUGAAAAUCCAAUAUUACCUCAACAAAAUAUCAGUCUCAAUUCUCACGGUCUGUUACAACCUUUCAGUAGUAUAACAAAUGAACAAGUGCAGCCGUCGAGUACAUUUCGACCUGUAUCGCCUACAAAUAAUCAUCGUGAUAAUACAGUAUCAUCACAUAUUUUUCCGACACCUGGAAGUAUGCAUGAUUUUGCUUGGCUUAUGUUAUCAAAUUAUGGUCCAGCCUGUUAUACUAAUGGUAGUACAGUAACACGCCAACAACCAGUGGAUGAGAGAGAACCAGUUAUUAAUCGACCAAUGGUAGACACCGAAUUAAAUCAAUUGGGACCAAUGCUCGAUUGCACUGGUGACAAACCCUAUAGAAUGGCAAAAGAAUUAGAAUUGAGUGAUAUUAAUAUCAGUUCAAUUAAAAAUCAUGUAGAAUCGAUAAGCAAUUAUGCAAAAUUGCCGUUGACAAUGACAGAAGUAUUGCUAUGUUGGCAACAAAAAUUAGCAAGUAAAGCAACAUGUCACAAACUGUUUUAUGCACUAAUUAAAGUUGACGAAGUGGAAGUAGCAAGACGUUUAAGAGAUAUGGUUGAAAAACAAUUAUCCUGUUAG